AUGUUCGUGAUAGACUUAUUGCAUGGUCCCGAAGAGAUUCAUGUAUUUAUGGAGCAUCCAGUAGAUGAGCUUGUGGAGGCAAAGGUUUUAGACCUUGAAGUUGCUGAAGUUGAUGACCUAGUGGAUUAUAAUGGUCAUGCUAGCUAUUAUGAAGAUGAGGUUGAUUAUGAUGGUGAUGAUAGUGAUCAUUAUUAUGAUCAUGCUACUUAUGAAGAUGAUGAUCAUUAUAAUUAUGAUUUUCAUGAUAAUGAUGAUGAGUUUGGGAGGGCUGGUAAAGAACCAAUCAUUGAGGACCAACAAAAGGAUCCAGUUGAUGACCCAAAGGACGAGAGUAGUGACACUAGGGGAACCCAAAUGGGUGAUAAAGUAAUGAAUUCAGAUUAUGAGAGUGAGGAGUUGCAUAGUCUUGAUGAAUCAUCAUUUGACAGUGCUCAUGGUGAUGAUGAAAGUGAUGAUGACCAUCCUACUGCUGCUAAGAUAGACAACUCUGAUAGGAGAAUAAUCUAUACAAUAACUUGA